UUGCACAUGUGCUUGUUGGCCAUAGUUUGUUAUUUGAGAAAAUUAGCAGCAGAUUUAAAUAAAUUCUGGAGGAAUGAAAGACAAACUAGCGAAAAAAGCAGCGAAACGUGAUUUGCCUGCUGAGGAUGAAGGAGAAAUUGAAAUUAGCUCCUCGACACCUGCAAAGUCACCCAAGCAAACAAAGUUUAUGUUGAAUGGCGCAACUAAUGGCCAAACAGAGGUGGCCUCAGUGGAGAAACUCCCAGCAGGAAAGACAAGUGCCACAGUGGGCAAUUCGCUUUUCCAACAUUUUACCGAGUUGACCAGUGAAGAGGAAGAGAAGCGCAUGAAAGCGGCACUACAAUUGCUACAACAACUGAGCGAAACUAAGGAGCCAGAGAAGCGUAAAAAAGAAUUAGCAUACACGCUUAAACGCCUGGUACGUGGCUGUGGCGCUGCUACAAACAUCUCGCGAGCUGGAUUUUACACCGGUUUAGUUGCGCUAUUAAAAACAUUCGAUGAGCAAGAUAUUACACUUGAGGAUAUUUUUGAUACGAUGGAAAAAGAGUUGCAUGUGGGAACAACAGUGGCCAAUAAAGACGAUGCCGAUGCUGUUGUGGGUAAAAUAUUAGUUUGCGGUGCGGUGCAACAAGCCUCGCGAUUGCAAAACGUUGACAAUGAUGAACAUUUGGAACGUAUAGCAAACACGCUUUUGAAGGCCACUAAGCAGCGCAGUUAUCAUGCCUCACUUGCUUAUGCUCUACUCAUUGAAAUUAUGGAAAAGCUUUCUGCCAAACAAUUUAACACUGUCGUUUGGCCUUUACUGCAAACUGAAUUACGCCGAUCGUGGCCAAAACAAACUCUACAAACGGUACAUUGCCUCAUCGCCGUGCAGCGUCUCUUUCCAAAUACCGUGAAUGCGAAAUUCCUAAAAUCACUUUUUGGUAGUGCUGAUCUACUACAACCGGAGAGCUAUGCUCAUUUGUAUCGGCUUUUCUGGGAACACAGCAAUAUGCAACUUUUAACACACCCUGCUUUUGAGCAUUUCGGAGCUUACAUAUCUAAAAGUGAGAACCUGAGCUCUUUUUGGACACAGCAGGUUGAUGCUGGAUUGGAAACAAACAACAAACUACGCGAGUUAAUUACUUUGAAAAUAGCCACUGAUAUAUUUACUAGUUGGCAGCAGUUACAUGAGGCGGAGAAGAAGCGUGUAGUUGUUGCGGAUUUAUUAAGUCCAAAUUUCAUGCAUCUGUUAGUCGAAGGACUUAAAAAUCAAAAACAAAAGAAAGAUGAAACAUUAAAAGCUUUCUACGAUGACUUCUUUGAAGCUCUGGUUAGUUGUUGCACACAUCUUGGUGAUGAUAAAGAACUAGUAGCCGUGAUACGCCGUCUUAUACUGUCACCUGGCUUAUUUGAAAUCGAGAAAUACACGAGCACACGUAUUGUACAUCAAAUAAUCAACGCUUUGGGGGCAACGGGCAUUAAGGAAAUAUAUACACUCUAUCGAACCAUCUUUCUAGGUACGCAGCCGAAAAAUAUCAGCAACGCAAGUGAAACAUGGUUGAAUUUCGAACGAAUGAACGCUGGUUAUAUGCUGCAGCAUCUUCUAGCACACAAAGCCGUGCGCCAAGAAUAUAAAUGGCGGGAGCAACAAUUGCGCUUUCUACUCACCUGCGGCAUAUUUCAUGUCUCGGAGACAGUAGAAAUAUGCAAAAAGGAAAAUGCGUCCCCGUUCAGCAAAGAUUUUGGUGAACAAUGCAAAAAUAUGUUUUUUACAAGCCUGCAGAAUCGACUGGUCGACUUGCAACAGGAAAAGCAGCUGCUUUUGAAACUGGUGCAAUACUGCAAUGAACGCAUUGAGCAGAAGCAUGCUGCGAAACAUUUCCGUAUCAAGCAAUACGACGAGUCAUUACAUAAAUACUGGCAGCAAAUGUUCUUAGCGGUAGGUGGCAACGAGAUGAGCGCUAAGAAACACGCAUCGUCGAAAUCGGCGAAAGGGACAGCCGGUGACAACAAACUAGAAUUGAUUUUCCAAAUUUUGCUACUCAGUAUGGGAUUGCAAUUGUUCCGCGAACCGGAAAUGUCAGGACCGGUUAUAGAAGACUUGCUCAAGUGCAUGCAACGUGUCAAAGAGAAACACAGGAAUAAGCAAAAGGGAAAGGAAGUCGUCAAAAAAGCUAAUGCUGAGGUUGAAGAACCCGAAUGGAUUGAGGUGGUUGUAGAUUUAUUUCUGCAUCUACUUUCGCAAAAUGCCACCGUGCUGCGAAAUAUUGUCAAUGCACUAUUCCCCCACUUAUGUGGCAGCCUUAAUCUGACCGUUGUACAUCAGAUAUUAGCUGUGCUGGACAUGAAGGAUGGGCAUAACCCAUUAAGUGCACAAGGAGAAGAAAGUGAUGCAGAAAACGAUACCGAAGAUGAGGAUGAAGAAACAGCGACGAAAUCUGCGAAUGGUAAGGCCGAUAGUGCCUCGGAAGUAGAUGAAAAUGAUAACGAUGAAGAAGAUGAUGAGGAUGAUGAUGAUGAUGACGAUGAUGAUGAUGACGAUGACGAAGAGAACGAAGCUGAAGACGAUGAAGCUACCGCUGCUGACAAACUGCGUAAUGCCGUCUCGCAAGCGCUUAUGGAACAUGGUGGUGUGCCUACCGCGGGCGACGAUGACGAUGAUAUGGCCUCAAUCGAUCUGAACGAUAUGACAGAAGAGCAGGGGCGCAAACUUGACGAAGCUUUAGCUGAAGCCUUCAAAGCAAUGCGUAAAACGGGAGGAGGCGGAUCAGCUGUGAAAAAAUCAAAGAGCUAUCGAAUCAAGGUCACAACAGUCAUGCAUUUCCGCAUACGCGUUCUCGAUCUGCUGGAAAUCUAUUUGCAGCAGCAACCACCAUUGCUGAUCACUAUUGAAAUUAUGCUAGCUUUGUUUAAUAUGCUUCCCUACUGCGUGGGAGAUGAACUAAAGCCACUACAAAUCAAAGUGGAAAAGGUGCUGCAAAAGUUGACAGCAUUGAAAUGUGAUGUCGCCGAUGUGCAGGAAGAAGAGGUGGUGGCCUUCAUACGUCUAAUUGUUGAACAAAAAUCACCAGUUUCCGCUUUUGAGACAAUGAAUAAGUUGCGCAAUAAAUGCAUAAUAUUCCUAGUCGUUGGUGCGAAUAAAAUUGCUGCAGAAAAAGGUGCUGAUUCCAAAAAAGUGCUUGAGCUAUGUCAAGAAUAUAUCCAGGAAUUCCUACAGUCGCGCAAUCCUAGCGUUAACAUCACACUGUUGUCCGACAUUUUCCGGCUACGUUGGUGUGGUGUUUGGGAUUUAGCUGUGGCGUUAUCGCGAGAAGGUCUUACAAUGCAAAUACGUGCCUUCCGCCGUAUCCAAAUUUACGAGAUCCUCGAUGUGCUAUAUAAAAAUCAUGAUCUGCAGCGUUUGGACGUGUCUAUCACAAAAAAACAGUUAAAGGUCAUUGAAAGUUCGCUCUGUACCCAUAUUAAAGCGCUUGCUGCCAAAACAGAUGCCGAAGUCUCGCCGAAGGAGUAUUCUGUUUUGAUACAGUUACUGCUCCAAGCACAAAAGUGUCAUCAAAGGCUGCAACUGAAAUCGGUGCUGGCCGACAUUGAAAUUGGGCAAGCUGUACAAAGGAUGCGCGCCGACACAACGCAGCUUUACCAGCGUUUCUGUGCUGCCUAUAAGCUGCCUGUGGUACGUAACAAAGGAAAGCAAAAGGCAACUAACAAACAACAUACAGAAGAGACCGCAAAUGAUCAGAAAGAACAGGGCGUUAAUGAGGGCAGGGAAGCGACAGACGCUAUGGAAAAUGGUACCGACAAUGAAACGCAGAAAAAGCGAAAGAAGUCCAAUGAUAAAGCGUUACGCAAGCUGAAGAAGCAAAAGAAAGAACAGCGUUUGCAGAUUGCUUCAGCAGGAUUAAAUGGCGGUUUCGCAUUUGCGCGGCAAACGUCACACGAAGAGAAUAGUUCGGCUGAAGAAGAGACGUAGUGUAUUGGAGAUAGUUAGUUACGUGAAAAAUGUAUAAAAAAAUUUAAAUGUAUUUUUAUGAAAAUAUAUAAAUUUUAAAUAAUAUAAAGGAGCAAC